AUGGGGGCAAGCCCGUACCAGAGCAAACCUACACCUGUAGCCUCUGGUAUGGACAGUGGUGAGGGAGGAGGAGGGGAUGGAGGGGGAGGAGAGGAGAGAGAUGCUGACCUCAGUCUCCAAGCUUUAUCUCUUCCUCUCCUGACCCUGGCGGUCAUUCCUGAGCAGGGGUCAUCCUCUCAUACCUCAGCCAUGGCCCCUGCCAAAGAGCCCCUGACCCUGCCUCAGCAGGGGGAGGAGGGGGCAGAGGGGUCCCAGGCUAGAGAGGGAGGUGAGCAGAAAGGAGGAGGCCAGCAUUCACAGGAGGAGGGAGCGUGCCUAAAGCACAGGCUGAGGGAAAACUUUGGGGAAGGAUAUUUGUCAGGGCAAGGGAAAGAAGAAGGGGAGGCGCAUGGAGGUGUGGGAGAGGCAUCAGUCACAGGGGCCCCGCCAGAGGCCCUAAGCUGCAGAGGUGGAGAGGAGGAGGAGAAGGAAGAGGAGGAGGCCAUCUCAAACCAAAGCCAAACCAAAUCCAAAUGUUCUUUAUUACCUCAACAGAGCCGGCACAGCUCUUCUUCCAGCACUGCAAAGGCCAGUGGCACACUCGACAGCAAAGCGGCCGCCUCUCCAAAGCCCUCCCACCCGCCUUCCCCCUCCACGCAGCCCUUCCCUUUCCCCCCCAUAUCUCCAAAGCACUUCAGUUGUCCGUCCUCCUCUUCCGCCCUGCUGAGCGAGACAGAGGUAAAAGACAUUAAGGGAGAUCAGGGCUGGAUUUCUGGGUUUCCUCAGAGCUUUAGAUCCCAGCAGUCCUCCUUUCCUUUUCCACUGGUGGGUACGGAGCCUGUCAGUACACCUGCUGAGGAAGAUGUGCUGGCAGGGGUUCCUCACUCUUCCAUUUCCACUGGAAAUGGUGCCAAAGCUCCAGAACCAAAUGACAGUCCACAAGAAACAGAGAUGGAUGACGAGAAAGACAAAGAUGGGGAACAAAAAGAAGCUGUCCUUAAAAACCUCAACCAAGACCUCUCUCCUGGCUCGCUGACCAGUCACAUGACCAUAAUGCACUCACGGAAUUCCUGCAAGACUCUGAAAUGCCCCAAGUGUAACUGGCACUAUAAGUCUCAGCACACACUGCAGGUCCACAUGAAGGAGAAACAUCCGGAGACGGGAGGCCAGUGUGUGUGCGGCGUUUCCGGGGGGAAAUGUGUGUGUGGCGGUGCAACUCGAGGUGUGUGUGGGUACUGCAGUUCCGGGAAAGCCCAUCCUCGCUUGGCCCGAGGAGAAACCUAUGCCUGUGGCUACAAGCCCUACCGCUGUGAGGUGUGUGACUAUGCUACCUCGUCGAAAGGCAACCUCAGCAUACACAUGCAGUCGGAUAAGCAUCUUAACAACGUUCAGAACGGGGGACACACAAACGGUCACCUGCAGACCCCUCACAUCAGCAACAGCAGCUCCUCCAACCCGGUGGACGAGCCACCGUACAGCAAGCUCCCGCUCUCUGUCCCCUCACCCACCGCCCCGCCCGCCAAACUCGCACCGCCCACACACUCCUACUCUCAUGGUAAGAGGUGGCGUUGUGACGUGUGCGACUACGAGACCAGCAUUGCCCGCAACCUGCGCAUACACACCACCAGCGAGAAACACACACACAACAUGCUGCGGCUCCAGAGAGGCUACUAUCUGUCUCACUGCAGGAGUCUUGCCCCUCAUCUGAAACAGCUCCAGAACACAGGGGCCGAGCUUUCCUUGAACAUGCGACUGACAAGUCAGCAUGUUUCAGAUCAGCCAGUCACCCUUGGGUCUACACUGACGCCGUCACCCUCCCCUUCCCCCUCCCCUCCACCAGCACCAUCUCUGUCCCCCACUGUGCCCCUCUCCCAGGGUGUAUUCCAAUGCCUUGUCUGCUCCUGCUUCUCGUCUGACAGCUUAGAGUCGGUGGAGCAGCACCUGAACGCUCCUCGCUCCUUACCCCAGUCUGAGUGGUGCUCUCUUGUUGCUGGUGGCUGCCAUUGCAGGCUGUGUGGAUACACCACCCCGCUGAGGGCUAACUUCUCCUUGCACUGCCAGACCGACAGACACCGCACCCGCUACCAGCUUGCUGCUCACCUCCAGGAAGGAGGAGACAGGGGUCAGGAAGGGGCCGCUCUCAUUGCUAAGGGCAACCCCGUUCAGCUGAGGUGCAACCUGUGUGACUAUGUGACCAGCAGUUUGGAGAAGUUACAGGGGCAUUCCCUCAGUUCACAUCAUGAGGCGAGCAUCCGGGUUUACAGAUUCCUGCAGCAGUACGAUGGAGAGGUUGAUGGAGGCUCGUGGCUGUUCCACUGUCUUCUAUGCAACCACUCCUCCUCUUCUAAACUGCAAGUACUAAAACACAGUCAAACGUCAGCCCAUCAGCAGAGGGAAGGGCUACUGCAGCUUCAGCCAAUGGGUGGAGAGGAGCUGGCAGCCAUUUUUACCAUUAGGAAAAGCUCUGGUGGUGUCACAGGAGAACCUGUUGAGGAAAUGGAGACUUCCAGUGAGACCAGCACUGGUCUUCUGGACACAACCAAAGACAAAAGUAACAUGGGGACAAAGAAAGUAGCCGAAGAGACGGAAAAAGCAAAAAGAGAUGAAAGAGAAAAAAGGGAGUCAAUGCUCCCAGUCAAACGUCCAUCCUCUGGAUGUGGGGAAAUGGAAAACUCCAUAUCAACCAAACGCCCCAGAACACACCAGCAAAAUGAGAACCAGCAGACUGUCCAGUGCCCUUUGUGCCAGGUGAAACUCUCACACACCCACCUUCGACAGCAUCUCACACAUGUGCACAGUGUGGCACAGGACUGUGUAGACAAGCUCAUCAGUGCAGUCACACCAUCCAAGGAACAACAGCAGCCUCCAACUGAAUCGGAGCUACAGACAGACUUGCUUACUGAUGAUGUUAAAAAAACUAAUAUUAUAGAGAAUACCAAUGCAAACUGCUCCAAUGCUGAAAAUUGCAAUGCCUCGACAGAGUCACAGACAAACAAAGUCAUUUCAGUGGAGAACACCGAGGGAGACAUAACCGCACCCAAAGAUGUCACAUCUCUUCUCACCCCACCCCUAGAAGACAACACCAUUCACCCCUCCAAUGGCACACUGGCUCCACAAUCCCCAACUCAAAUUCCCCCCUCCUCCCCGCCCACCUCCCCACCCAGUGACCCCCCUCCCCUCUCUGAUCGUCAUGGUUACCGGUUCCGUUGCAGCAGGUGCAGCUUGGCGUUUCCUACUCAGGAGAAGCUGCAGUUACAUUGGCAGUACCAUGCCAUGAGGGCGGCGACAGAGUGCCCUUUAUGUUCCAGACAAUGCCGCAGUCAAGAGGCCUUGCAGAGACACAUGCAGAACACACACUCACAGCAGGACGGCACACAGGGGCAGAUUACACUGUUUCUGCCUAACACCGUACAAUGCAUGGAUCAUAACAAGAAUUCGGUUCAGCAAGAAUUUAGCUUAUCACCUCAGGUGGGUCAAGAAGCUGGAGAGGGUGAUGAUGAAGAUAUAGAUGAUGAAACUUUAGACAUGGAAGAGUGUGAGGAACAGAAAGAAAAUUAUUUGAAAGACAAGGAAGAGGUUUCUGAAGUUGAUGGAGAAGAGGAGGCUGUAAAUGAGCAAGAGAAAGGUGCUCAUGAAGAGAUUGCAUCAGAACCUAGUUCCAGCUCCCUUGUCAAAAAGAGCUUAAACCCCACAAUGGACCGUUAUCUUGAUCCAUCAAGGCCUUACAAAUGUACCAUAUGCUCAGAAUCCUUUACUCAGAAAACAAUUCUUCUGGUCCACUAUAAUUCUGUUUCCCAUCUCCAUCGUGCCAGAAGAGCCCUGCAAGACUCUGGUGCAAAUGUAACAGCCCAGGAGACACCGCGUGCCCAAGAUCCUAGACCCUAUCGCUGCCGAUUAUGUGGAGUUGGUUACAGCCAGAGCUCUACACUGGACAUCCAUCUUCGCUCUGUUCUUCAUCAGACUAGAGCUCGAGCUGCCCAAAACUCAGCUCCACAGACCUCAGCAGCUACUGUAGUUGCUCCAGUUUCUGUCCACGCAGCUGCUGUCCAGGCUCCUACCACAAAAGAGGCCACCAAGAAGCCAAAUGGAGUAGGCUUUUCAGCCACUUCAUUGGUUGGCACAGGUUUGUUAGCUGACUCCCAGCCAACCCUCCCUGACUCAAUAGACAGUCAGCAAGCUAAAAAGAGAGUGGCAGAGCUUUUAGCAUCAAGAAAUCAGCUAAUGCUAAUACAACAGCAGCAGCUAGCUCAGGCACAGGUUCAGGCUCAACUGCAGCAACAGACAGCACUACUCCAGUCCCAAGCCAUACAGCACCUUUCUUUAGGGACAGAAAAUCUCCUUAAACAACACUUCUCCCUAUUGCCAGACAACUUGCUCUCUCUACAGCAGCAACUUUUCUUGCCAUUUUACUUGUCGGGAGACAUGAAGCUGAAUUCUGAGUUAACUGUUAAAAGCCCCAAUCUUGGUCAGUCAAUAUCUACCAACUCCUUUCCCAAAGACCAGAAUAAGGCAGAAGCAAAGAGAGAGUUCCUCACAGAUGACAAGCAAAUCCAGAAGCAAAGUUCAAAUUCAGUUUUUUGGCAACCACCUGGUCAUUCACAAAGCGAAGCCAAGGUUGAAACAGUCUGUAGUGGAUCUUCCAACAAGCAGAUGGACAUUGAGCCCAGCACUUCUGGUCUUGUGCAUGAAAAAGAAGAAAUGCAUGUUCACACUGUUAAAACUGAGAGUCAGAAAGAGGACACAGUUUCUUCCUCAUUUAAUGUCCUUGAAUCCCAGUGUCCUCCUCCCAGAGUGCCGUAUGCUGCUGCUAAUGGGGAGCCUCUUAGAGCUCUGCUGCAGAGUUAUGGCUAUGAGUUGGCCAUGCAAUAUAUACAGAGUCGACACAGACAUCAACAGCAGAAAGCAAUGCAAAUGAUACCAUCUAAUAAUACUGGCAGUACAGAAAUAUGUCCAGAGAAAGAAAAAGAUGAGUCUAAUCAACUUCAGAUCAAAAAGUUGGAAGAGUGUGACAGCAUUGAUAAAAGAGUUGAAAGUGAUGACGCAGUGGGAAAAAAACACUGUAAAGAAGAAACAUCAAUGCUUAAAGAGAAAAUAUGCUGUGAAAUGGGAGAAAAGUGUAAAAAUUGUGGCAAGUUUUUUUCAGAUGCCUUGAUUUUAAAAAGCCACCAAGAGUAUAUUCACAGCAUGACGUUUCCAACUGCUGCACUGGAGAUAUUUUCCAGAGAAUACAGGCUUCAGUACGACCAGAUGUACCCACUUGGACAGCAUAAAUCUGGGGAGAAUUCAACUCAAGCUUCAGCACCAAACUCAGGCAUAUGCACAGAACCAGAACCCAAAACUGAGCUGGUUAAGCCACAAGCAAAAACUCCUGAGUCCUCACCUGUGUUGUCGGUUUCAGAUCCCACGACUAAAGAAAACGCUACAGCUAAAGACCUGACAAAACCUGCGCCUACAGCUUCAUCUCCAUCUUCCCCUUCUCAAACACAAGACUCUCAACAGCACGAUGAAACCAUCCCUGGCACAUCUGCUACAUCUACUACUCAAACUACAACGCCCAUACCUCUUCCCUUGCCUAAAAUACCUAUGCUUCCUUUAUCCCUGUCUCAGCUUCCCAUACCCCCACUACCUAUACCUAAGCUUCCACUUCCACCAAUUUCCUUUCCAAUGGAGGUACCACUCCUUCCUCCAGUGGUAAUGCAGUCUAUGGCUCUCCAAACCCAACCUUGGUUGGAUUCAAGUGUGAAUCCUGAUGUGGCCAAACUAUAUCAAUCUCAACUUAACUCAGCAGUACUUGGGCAGCAGUCACAAUUGAAUCCAGCUUUGCUAGCUCAGCAAUCACAGCUCAGCCCAGCUUUGUUGGGUCAGCCACCACAAAUUAGUCCUGCUUUGCUGGGUCAACCAUCUCAGCCCAGCCCCAUCCAGACAGGACAACAAAGCCAAGUCAGCCCAACCACAACUGAACAACAGGGCAAGAGAACCCGAACAAGAAUCUCUGAAGACCAACUCUCUGUUUUAAGAAAACACUUUGAUAUUAACAGUCUUCCCAGUGAUGAAGAGAUCAACAAGAUGUCUGCUUUGUCUGGUCUGCCACACAAAGUAAUUAAACACUGGUUCCGUAAUACUCUAUUUAAAGAGCGCCAGCGAGAUAAGGAUUCCCCAUACAAUUUUAAUAACCCUCCAACUACAGCCCUGGAAGAAUCCAGAGAGGAACUAGCACAAAACUUAUGUGUGACACAUUCCCCAUGUUCACUAUCCCCAGGCCUGUCAAUCAACACCUCCCCACAAACUUCAGACCUGCAUAGAGGAGAAGCCCAAAGGGGCAGACGGUCUUCACGAACCCGUUUUACAGAACAACAGCUGGAGACACUGCAGGGGGUGUUUGAGGCUACUCCUUACCCUAGAGAGGAAGAAUAUGACAGGCUGUCUGCCCUAUUGUCUCUCCCUAACAGAGUCAUAGUUGUAUGGUUCCAAAAUGCAAGGCAAAGAGCCCGCAAAAAUCAAGAUAGGGGAACAGAUGAUGGAUUAGAGGGGAAGAACCAGCCUGAUAACAGCCACAGUCAGAAAAACGGCUGUUUUAACAAUGAUGCCAACAAAAAAGAUAACGGCUAUCGGGAUGAAGGACAAGAUGACUCUCAGAAUGAAAAUUCAAUGGAUUUCACUUAUGAGUAUUACAAUCUCCCAGAUUCACCUGUGGUCGAUUCUUCCACUCACAGCUCGGAGGGUGAGCAUCUAACAACUGAAGGUGAACAAAUAGUCACUGUAGUGAAUAAAGAAGAUAAAACAAUAUCUAUUCACGCAAAUAUGAGCCCACCUCCUGUUAACACUCCAAACAGAAUUUCAGAUGCAGAGAUUCAAAAGAAGGAAAUUGCUCCAGUAAUGAAAACAGGAUCAAGUCCACAACCUGAUCCUAAGCUUCCAUCUGAAAGUCCUACAGAAAGGCCUCAGCCUCUUGCAACAUCCUUCUCUGAAAAGACAAUACAGCCCAACAUGUCUAUGUCUCACUUGGACCAAGGGAAUACACAAAGUCCACCUUAUGAUCAGGCACUUGAAAAGACUGUCAGUACAUCACCCACUCCUCCCUCUGCUCCAGAUACUGAACCAAGCCACAAUCGCAUGCUUGAUACCACAGCUUGCCUCUCUACUGAAACUCAACCUCAUCUUCAGUCCCAGGCUCAGUUCCAGUGUAGCCUCUGCCCAGUAUCCUUACCGUCAAUUCAGGCAUGGCAAGAACAUCAGACCAGGCACCUCCUGGCAGCUCAGUCCCAGGUACAGUUCCUGCAGUCUGGAUUUGCUGACCGAACUAUGCCUUACAUGAUGCUUCAUCCCAACCACAGUUUAAUGGCCAGCCAAAUGCUUUCAGGGGCUAUGUCCCAGAUGCACCCUAAUCCCACACAUUCUAUGAUUUCACACUUGAACAGCCUACAAAUUAAGAACACAUUCUCUGAUCACCCAGGUAACACUCUUAAUAGUUCCAUGACAUCUUUAAAGCAUAACACAAAACAUAUCUCAGAGACCAGUUUUGAAAGCCAAAGGGGGAAUAGGGAGGUUGAAGAGGAGCACAGGAGAGAUAAACGCCAGAGAACCACCAUCACCCCAGAACAGCUUGAAGUAUUAUACCAGCGCUACAGUUUGGACUCUAACCCUACCAGGGGAGUCCUCGAAAGCAUUGCACGAGAUGUGGGCCUCACAAGACGUGUAGUUCAGGUCUGGUUUCAGAAUACACGCGCAAGAGAGCGAAAAGGGCAGUUCCGGUCAAUGGGGCCAGGAUCCAGUUUUACCUUGGGCUUGAACCACCUGCGUUGUCCAUUCUGCAGGGCCCUCUUCAAGGUCAAGAGUGCUCUUGAUGCCCAUCUGAGAUCACGUCAUUGGGCUGAAGCUGAAAGAGCUGGUUACAACCUCUCGAUAGGUAAUGGAUACAGCGGGCAAGCUGGGUUGGCUAGGUCAUUUGUCACGGAGGGACCAGGUCCAUCCGUGUCCUCCAACCAAACCCCAAACCCUGGCUUUGACAACACAAAGAAAGAGACACAGAUGAGUCACUUCCAAGUACUCCAGCUCAAAGCGUAUUACAGGAACCACCGAACACCUAACCGCCUUGAGUGUGAGACACUGGGGCAGGAGCUGGGACUGCCUCACCGUGUGGUGCAGGUGUGGUUCCAGAAUGCCAGAGCUAAGGAGAAGAGAGCUAAGAGCCUGAGCUCUGAGUCUGCGGAGAGGGAGCAAGCUGAACUGUCAGCAGGUGCAGGGGAGAGAGACAGAGCUUAGAAAGGCAGACUGCUUCCUUUGAGUAUGCUUUCACCAAAAUCCCUCCAGCAACUGCUGUCUGACUCCACACAUAUCCUGUCCACUUGCUGCCAAACCCGUAACUUAAACACCCCAAAGAUGCAGAGCCGCAGAGGCCCAAAGAAAAACUCUCAAGAGUAGGAGAGAGCCCAAACCAAGUCCUCUUUACUGCAGUUCUCCUCUUUUCAUAUAGUUUUUAAACACCUUCCUGGUCUGUCUUUUCUUGUUGAAACUAGCUCCUCUCCGUAUUCCGUUGGACACCAUCCUACAACCAAACACCAUCUUGAUUAAAACCAACCAGAGUCCACAGAGGCCAAAGACCAUUCUCCAGUAUGUGACCUCACUGCCCAGCUAGACCUGCAGUCUACCUCUAAGUCUGCAUGACAGACCCACAGUGGGCCCUCCACCAGACAGUGCUAGAUGACUAGCUGUGUAGCAUGUAGUGCCAGACUCUACGAGGCUGGAAAAUGAAAUGUCAAAGAGAUUUUAGAGUGUAAAUAGAGACCUCCAAAAAAAAAAAACUUGAAGAAAAACAAAGCAGUUAACCAUGGAAGAAGGAGAAAUGGAAUAAUAUCCUUGAAAUACACAAGGGUAUUUGCAUAGAGCUUUUGUAAAGACUGACUCAGAUUCCAAAGCUCAUAACCAAAAUUUUACAUGUCUGUGGAUUUAGUUUGAACGCGUUUGUUUUUCAAAAACAAGCUACAGAGCUGACGUCUGUAUGGUGAAGGGGUGAGAUCUGCACCUGGCAUACGCAAGCCGAGUUCAAAUAGACUGACGCUGUGCUAGAAUGCAGUUUCAUCCCCCAAAAGCCAAUGAUGAGUCUUCUGUUGUACAUGUACUCCUUGUAUGUUCCGUUAGUGGAUAACAGCCCAAAUAGCACAGUACAUAAAGGUCGGUUUGCCCUAAAAGGGGUAAACUAUUUUUUAUAGCACCAUUAUACUGUAAAUGGAAACUUUAACCAAACUCAAAUUUACAUUGUGUGUGUUUAGUAUUAGUUUCUUAAUAUAAAUCUUAUGGAUUGACAUAAACUGUCUUGCUUCAAUAUAAUAGUGUCAUGAUGAUGAAAAAAUUAUGACAGCUUUCUUAUGUUCAGGCAAGGUCACUUACUGCCUUUCCAUUCUAUUUGAAUAUACCAAUGGCUUACCAAUGUUAUGUGAUUAAUGUAAAGCUUUCUAUGCUCAGGUCAACAGCUCAAAAUGGCUCUACUUCAAAUGUGAUCUUAAUAUUCUACUCUUCUGUUUUUAAAACAUAAGAGGCCUGGUUAAAACAUGGACAAAGUAUUACAUAAAAUCUACACAAACAUCUCUGUAUUUCAAAGAUCUGAGCUAUUCACCUCUGAGUAAUAGAUUGUUACAAAAAACCUUAUUGAAACUAAAGUGUUUAAUAGUGUGAGGGGUAAAUGUACAGUAUUUAGCUUUUGUAUGGUUGACUCAAGACUUCAUUGGAUGUUUGAGAUAAGACUCUCUUCCACAUAAAGAGAGCUUCUCCACAAAGUUGAGGAAAAACUUUGGAUGUUAUCAAUGUUAUUUUUGUACACUUAAUUUAUUUUCCUUCCUUCUCCUUCCCAGCCUACUUUCUACUUUUUCUCUCUACCCUUCUUUCACUGUUAAUUUACAACCAGUCUUUAUUCUACCUGUGAUAAUUAUAAUAUAACAAUAAUAGCUAAACAAUAAUUAAUGCUUUAAGACAAAAAUCCAAAGACAUGAAAGUACUUUAACCACAUGACCUACAAAAAUAAGCGCUACUGUUUACUUGACGAUGUAUUGCUGUUUUUAAAGAAGGAAGGAGUCCCUGUAUCUAAGCUACUGUUUUCUGCCUCUCAUAAGCACACUGGAGACUGUAACCAAAACCCCAAACUAGAGCCAUGGCAGUCUGUAAUAUAGCGGUUGAAGAGUUUUACUUCUCUUGAGAGAUGUUGCAUUUUAUUUUUCUUUUAUACCAUAGUGUUGAACUUCAGCCCUUAAGGAUGUCCAGUUUGCUGCUAAUGUACUGUAGUUUCUAACGAUAUUGUAGAAAGAUGCAUGCUCUGAUCGCUUUACCACUAGGCUUUAAUGACUACAAACUGUAAUGGUACCUGUGAUGCUGUUGAUAAACUGCUCCUCUGUUAGUCUGUUAAAAACUAAUGGAUAUGUGGGGCUCAAUUCCAUCAAGUUUGUCUUUCCGUAUCCUAUUUCCUCUCACUCAGAUGAAGAAAUGGCUUUCAUAAUAUCCAAAAUAUUAUUUCAAUCUUCCAUUUUCAAUGAAACUCAUCUGUGCAUUAACUCUAAUGCUUAUGGAGAUACUGCAUAGUUAUUUGAAGGAGUUCAGCCCCGAACCUUCCAUUAGCACGGUGUCUUUCUGUGUUGCAAUGUCUGCAGUGCAGCUAAAACAGCUUUGCUUAACUCAGACUGACACCACAGCCAAGUUUCCAAAGGAUGUGGACUGACUAACUGUCAUGUUUUUGUUCUUAAACUAACCAAUGUUUACGACAAUACCAAUGAGCUUUCUUCUGUACAGAAAUGUGCAUUCCAAAUACCACAAAGGCAGUUUUUUGUAUGCUGAUCAUUUCAAAUUGAUUUCUCUUGUAUUCUGUUGAUCUUAGUGACUGUAAGAUGUACAUAUUGGAGUCCUCCAUGGUGAAGAGACUCUGUUAUCCUUACUGUAGGUAAAUUUUUCUUUCUGGAUAUGUUGUUGCCAUAGUGAUGACCAAAAAGAUACCUGUGAUGUGCACCUGUCCUUAUGUCCUGCUCCAGUGGUUUAGUGUGUCUCUAUACUCUCCCACCCACAGUUUACCCUGCUGGUGUGUGUUUCUCCUCUUUCCCUUCCCAUACUCCACUGAGCUAAAUAAAGUCUGCUUUGGUGCACGCUUCAGUCUCAUCCCUUUGGUCUAACUUUGAACCAGUUUUGUGGAAGCUGUGCUUUGUGAGGAUGCCUGCCUCUCACGUGUGCUUAAUAUUUGUUGGUUGCAUGUUCGGUGGCUGUGUGCAUCUGGCUAGAAG